AUGGAGGAUGAUGCGGCUGCAUUCGUUCAAAGCUGCCACAAAUGUCAAAUUCAUGGGAACCUUGUUGACGCACCUUCUACUCAUUUACACUCGAUAAGCAGUCAAUGGCCAUUUUAUAGCUGGGGACUUGACAUUAUUUGGAAGAUCAAUCCGCCGUCAUUGAAGCAGUACGAGUAUAUCAUAACCGCAACAGAAUAUUUCUCCAAAUGGGUUGAGGCUAUUCCUCUACGAGGGACUACAGGAGCAACGAUUGCGGCUUUCAUUAAAGAAUACAUCAUUUGUCGUUUUGGUGUGCCUAAACAUAUUAUCACUGAUAACGGCACCCCCUUCGCCAACAAACAGGUACGAGAGCUGCUGGAAGGAUAUGGAAUUAAACAGGUCUUCUCCAUCAUUUACUAUCCUCAAGGAAACGAACAGGCUGAAAGCACCAACAAAACAUUAAUUCGGAUUCUCAGUCGAACAAUACAUGACAACCCCAGAGAGUGGCACGAACAACUACCAAUGGCGCUAUGGGCGUAUCGGACGGCACCUAGGAGUUCCAUUGGGGUUUCUCCAUAUUCACUUGUUUACAGUGUGGACGCGAUCCUCCCAGCAAAAAUCAAGAUCCCAUCAGACAGGAUUGCAACAGUAAGUGGGAUCCACUGGAACGAGGCUGAAGCAUUUAACUCAAGAAUCGUUGAGUUAGACACUCUGGAUUCCAGAAGAAGCAAGGCAGAAGAACGUACUCAGGUGUACAGAAAUAGGAUCUCCAGGGCGUAUGACAAGACUGUGAAGCCACAUGUUUUUAAAGUAGGAGAUUUAGUCUUGAAGACGGACAAGCACAUUCAGCAAGACAUGCUUACAGUACCGGAUAUUACAAGAUCAUUAAGGUGGAUGGAGGCAAGUAAGAAGUAG